AUGAUGCAGCAAUUCAUGCAAAUGUCAAUUCAGAAUCAGAAGAACACCGAUGCCUCAAUUAAAAACUUGGAGGUGCAAGUGGGGCAAUUGGCCAAGCAAGUGGCGAAUCAACAAAGCAAUUCAUUUUCCGCCAACACUGAAGCCAAUCCCAAAGAGCAAUGCAAAGCGGUGGUCACAAGGAGUGGUAAAGAAGUGGGGUUGAAUGCUAAAGGAAGUGAUGAAGCCAAAGUGAAACCCAGUGACAGAGGAGAAGAAAAAGAUGAGGAAGAGAUGGAUGAAGAAAUUGUUGUAGAAGAGGAGGAGAAUAAGAGUGAAAAUAGAGAAAAUGAGAAAAAGAAGGAAGUGGCAAUAAAGCCACCACCAGUGAAGACUCUCCCAUAUCCUCUUAAGCCUUCGAAGAAAGAUAAAGAAAGGCAAUUUGCAAGGUUUUUGGACAUUUUCAAGAGGCUUCAAAUCAAUAUUCCCUUCCCAGAAGCCUUGGAGCAAAUGCCAACCUAUGCAAAGUUUAUGAAGGAAAUCCUCACAAAGAAGAGAAGAUUUAUUGAAGAGGAAACCAUAGAAUUAGAGGCUGGAUGCAGUGCUAUCAUUCAGAAGAUGUUGCCUCCAAAAUUUAAAGAUCCUGUCAACUUUACACUUCCAGUCACAAUAGGGAGCCUAGCUGUGGGGAAGGCCUUACUUGAUUUGGGUGCUAGCAUCAACUUGGUGCCUCUUUCUAUGCUCAAAAAGAUUGAGGAGUUGGAAAUCAAGCCCACUCGAAUGAUGGCGGAUAGGUCAAUCAAAUACCCUCACGGAGUAGUGGAGGAUGUACUGGUUAAAGUUGACAAGUUCCUAUUCCUAGUGGACUUUGUUAUAAUGGAGAUGGAGGAGGAUGUUGAAGUUCCUCUCAUAUUGGGGAGGCCAUUUAUGAAGACUGCAAGAGUGCUAAUUGAUGUUGAUGAUGGCAAACUCAUUAUGAGAGUUCAAGAUGAAGAAGUGAACUUCAAUGUCUUUGAAGCCAUGUCUCACCCAAAAGAUAUUGGAGGAUGCUUCAGAGUUGAUAUGCUUGAUGAAGUGCUCAUGAGCUCCAAGAAAGAUCUACACUCCUCAUCCCCUCUAGAGAAAGCUCUAAUUGAUGCAUUUGAGACUCUCAAUGAUGAGGAAGAGAAAGAGAUUGAUGAGUGCUUAGCCAAUCUUGAUGUUUUGAAAAUCCCUCCUCAUGAGGCGAAGAUGGAAGAUUUGAAGGGUGAGAAUGAAGUCACAAAGCCAAAAGUGGAGUUGAAGUUGUUGCCCCAACAUUUGAAGUAUGUGUUUCUUGAAGGGGGUACCAACAAACCUGUGAUUAUCAGUAACUCCUUAUCACCAUCAGAAGAAGAAAAGUUGAUUGAAGUGUUAAGAGUCAACUCAGGAGCCAUUGGUUGGUCUAUAUCUUAUCUAAAGGGAAUCAGUCCCUCCUACUGCAUGCAUAGAAUCUUCAUGGAGGAGGAUUUCAAGCCAGUGGCACAACCUCAGAGAAGGUUGAAUCCUGUGAUGAAGGAGGAGGUGAGAAAUGAGGUAUUGAAACUCCUAGAUGCCGAAAAUAUCUACCCAAUCUCUGAUAGUGCAUGGGUGAGUCCAGUGCAAGUGGUUCUCAAGAAAGGCGGCAUGAUAGUGGUUCGUAAUGAUAAGAAUGAGUUGAUACCCACACAAACCGUGACCGGCUGGAGGAUGUGCAUAGAAUAUAGAAAGCUGAACAAGGCCACAUUUUGGUGGGUCAAGCUUUCUAUUGCUUUUUGGAUGGCUAUUUUGGUUAUAACCAGAUUGUGGUGGACCCUAAAGACUAAGAGAAGACCGCCUUCACUUACCCUUUUGGUAUCUAUGCCUACAGAAAGAUGCCAUUUGGGCUUUGUAAUGCACCAGCCACGUUUCAACGAUGCAUGUUGGCUAUUUUCUCCAACCUUGUGGAGAAGUGCAUAG